UGAGAUGGGGGCAGCACUGAGCUGCUGCGGAGGAAGCUACAGAGGAGCAGAAGAAGAGCAGCAGCUGAGCGUGUGCGGCCUGCCGUUCCGCUGUGUUUCGCUGUUUUCCCGAGUUUUCGGAUUCAUACUGAAGCUGUUCUCCGCUCACAGCUCUGCCCCCGGACUCCGCCGCUCUCAGCAGGGGGCGCUGUAGCAGAUGGAGCCUCCCGCAGAAGGAAAGCAGCUCUUCCUGCUGGGAGCUGCAGGAGAGGAGGAGAGGAGGAAGGAGGUGGGCUGCCAGUGGGAGAGCCCCGAGGAGGACAGGAAGGAGGUGGGCUGUCAGAGCGAGGCGGCAGAGAGGAGGGACGCCGCCGUGCAGGUGGACCUGCUGAGUCAGCAGCUGAGCUGGAGACACUCAGGCUCGUCUGCGAUGCUGCUGCAGUGCAUCGCCGUCCGAGCUGACGGACCAGACGGGGGCGCUCUGCUGCAGCACUGCACCACCAACAGGACCAGAACCAGAAUCAUCCGCCCCGCCCCCAAACUCUCCGAUGAACCCACCCCAGCCAAGUCCAGGACCCAGAGGAGACGGUCGGUACCUCAGAGCUCCAACACUGACAAACAGAGUCGCCGCCGCCACGAGUCAUCUGACACUGACCAACAGGAGGAGGCGGAGGUCAUGACGGUGGAGGAGGACGUCACAGCUGACCCCACCUGGACUCCAUCUGAAGGAGGUGUUGCGCUGCCCGCGGCGCCAGGAGCCCUGCGGGCAGACUCCCAGGAUGUGGCCGCAGUGAAGCUGGAGCUCGACAGCACCGUGUGCGACGUUUGCGGCAAAGUGAUGAAGAACAAGUCGAGUCUGGCUCGCCACUCCUUCAUCCACACGGGGAAGAAGCCGUUCGCCUGCCACCUGUGUGAACUGCGCUUCAAUCGCCGCGACAACCUGCAGCACCACCUGAAUCGGCUGCAUCCAGACGGCGUCGCCAAGCGGGAGAAACAGCGGCAGGUUCAGGCGUGGCUGUGUGCCGUCUGCGGCAAGACGUUCAGCUGCCGCUCGCGGCUCAAGACGCACGAGGUCAUCCACUCGGGGGUGAAGCCGCACAGCUGCGACCUCUGCCCCAAGGCCUACAUGAGGGCCAACGACCUUGAGCACCACAAGAAGGUCGUGCACGUGGACGGCACCGCCGAGCCCCCGCGGCCGAGCUCGCUGCUCUGCGACUUCUGCGGCAAAGAGUUUAAGUGCAGGUCGCAGCUCGCCGUCCACUUCCAGACGCACACAGGUGAGCGGCCGCACCUCUGCGACAUCUGCGGCCGCAAGUUCGCUCGCCAGUACCAGCUCAAACGCCACAAAGUCCUGGUCCACAGCAAC